UUCCGUCCGGUGCGGUUCGAGACGGUCGUCUGUCUUGGUCCGGUUCUGUGGUCGUACACACGCGUUCGAAGUAUCGCCGUAGUAGUAGGGAAGCUGCGUGCCGCGUGGUCGGUUCUCGCAAAGCAGUGGAGAGAGAGAAAAAAAACCACGUAAUGUUCGGGAAAAACGGCUACGCAGUGACAGAUAUUUUGCGAAUGUGUGUAUGCAUUUGAUGGAAGUGUAGUAUAGUUUUAGGCUUGCUCCAAUAUCCGAUGCGAUGUCCGGCAAAUUGGUGGUGGUGGUCCUGCACAUACCUCAGCACUUCGCCUCAAGCUUCUAUCAAUCAACCAACACCCAAAAAAAAAAACCCAAGCGUUCCGUAGCAUUCCCGCUAGUUUCGCUCUUCUCUAUCAACCGUUGACGGCGGUUCAGGCUGUUCCUCGAUGGCCGGACCGAGCCUUGCUGAUAGCGUUCUCUUUCGAUGUUUCCUGCAGUGUUCGGGGGCCGUACUACGUGCCUAAGGAUUGUUUGCCCGAGUGUAACGCCGGAGUGGCAAAAUCUACCCUGUAGCACCGAGAACUGACCCGGGUGCGUACAAAGUUCUGUACCUUCGUCGGUGGAGCUAGCCUCUGCCAUAGGUAAAGUGCUCCUCCGUACUUCCGUAGCACAUCAUAUGUGCUUGUGUAGUGUUUCCCUCUGUGUGUGUGUGUGUGGGAAUGUAUAGAAGAAUGAAAAGUGUAAAAUAGUACCAUUGUAAGUGCCAAAGUGUCAGUAAGUCGAGAGGAGUCCGCAGUGAUUCGAGUGCAAUAUACCCGCUGAAGCGGUAAUAGUGAGUCUGUGUGUGUGUGUGUGGGGUGUGGAAGAAAGUCAUCCACAUCACCAAAAAAUUAUCAUCCUCCUUAUUUGUUCCAUCACGAACGAUAACACCCGAGACGACACAGACUCGGACAUUUUGUGUCGCCUGCUUUCGUGGACAUCGACCAUCUUGCAGCUUCAAACUAAGGCAGGAGACCUUAACGACAUCAACGAGCCGGAGCAACAAUCAAAAGCGUAACGCGACAGCGAUCAAGUUUCGUGCGUGCAACGAAAUCAGAUUUUCUUCUCAACAUUAGUGUUCUUGGAGUAAAGUGAAUGCUCUUAUGUACAAAAUAGAAAAGAACCAAGUGCUUAAAAGUGUUAAAAAUAAGCGUCCCGUGUCACUAGUUUCUUUCAACCGAAGUUCAUCAGAUCGGUGUUACUAGGUGUGUCCCCGCUAUCACUUUCUCACGGAAUCUAUCGCUUACACCCUAGGCCCGGAAUGCCCGUUAAUCGUAGGUUCAUCCAUCAAGGCCACCCGGUACAAGUGCGCACGGUUAGCGGUACAGAACACACUCCAGUUGCGUCGACCGACGUGUGAGUGUAUAGUGAGGUGGCGAUGCAACGUUUGCAAACCGUGCUAGCUAGCGCCAUCUGGCGCCGGUUGCUAGUGGUAGCGUUCGUGCUACUGGUACAGCUGGUUGACAGUGGCCAGAUGGAGGAGCUUCAGCUGCGCAGUUCGGGCACUGGCACGACACGGUUUCGGGGCGGCACAUCCGACACAUCGGGUAACGGUCGACAGCAGGGUGGACCGGCACCGAUGUACGCGGUGAACGAUAUCGAGUGUCCGAGCUUUGCUGAAAAUUCCGCCUGUCCGUGUUACAAAUUUGAAGAUGGCAUCUUUCUCGAGUGUCCGGGCAUCACGUUUGCGGCGCUGCGUUCAACACUGCAAGUCAUCUCGUCCCCGAUACAGUCACUGUCCGUGUAUGACUUUGACCGGUCGGUGAAGACACUUACGGCCGACCUGUUCCAGGGUUCAUCGUCGACCAGCGUCGGAAUGGGUUCGGAGCUAGUGGUCGGCGCGAACGUGAGCAUUCGACACCUGCAGUUCUCCCAUUCGAGCCUGCAGCAACUUAAGCAGAACAGUCUGCUACCGUUGCGCUCGCAUCUGGAGAGUCUUAGCAUUAUCAACGGCAAGUUGACACAGGUUCCUUCAAAAGCGAUCGUAGGUCUUAAGAAGCUAAUGGUGCUAGAUCUGGAUGCAAACGAGAUUACCACUCUGGACGAUUAUGCGUUCCAUGGUCUGCACCUGGUGAAGCUUAAUCUUAAGAGUAACCAGAUCGAGCGUGUUCCCACCAACGCUCUGGCCGGCUUGGAAGAGUCGCUAGCCGAGCUGGAUCUGUCCGAGAACCGGUUGCGCCAGUUUCCGACCUUAGCUCUCCGUCAGCUAGAAAAUCUUCGUCUGGUGCGUCUCUCAAUGAAUGAGAUUGCUUCGCUGCAACCGGACGACACCUACACACGGUUUGGGUCGCUCUCGUUCCUUGAUCUCAGCCUCAACAACUUCGUGGAGCUGUACGCAGAUAUUUUCGGUGCAUUUCCAUACCUGAAGACGCUUUCUCUGUACAACAACUUCAUCGAAACCGUGCACCGGGAUGCGUUCGUGUCCUUGCACGAGCUUCAAUCGCUCGAUCUCAGUCACAAUCGGAUCGUGUACCUGGACCCGGAUGUGUUUGCCGGCAAUCGACGGCUCCACACGGUCGAUCUGAGCCGCAAUCACGUGCACUACGUGAGUGGAGUGUUUGCCAACCUUCCAGUGCUGAGGGAAGUGUUUCUUAGCGAAAACAAUCUGCUCGAACUGACGGACGAUUGCUUCGCCAACUCGACCGGUGUAAAGGUGCUCUAUCUCGAGCACAACGCGCUGCAACGGUUGGACGGUGAAGCGCUCGCUUCGCUCGCAAAUCUCGAGCAGCUCUUCCUAAGCCACAACUUGUUGGAGAAAAUUCCGGUCCAGUUUUUCGAAUCGACUCCAGGCCUUACGUCACUGGCGCUCGACGCAAACGCACUGAUCGAGCUGGACGAGCGGCUGUUUCGACGGCAGGUGAAGCUGCGCGAGCUACGCCUCAACGGGAAUCGCUUGCGACAGAUUCGGGCGGGUCUGUUUGCACCGGCUACGGAUCUGAUGGAGCUGCACCUGCAGAACAACGAGCUGCGGGUGAUUGAGCGCGGUGCACUGAGAGGCUGUCCCCAGCUGCAGUACGUGAACCUGCAGGAUAACGUGCUGGAGGAGUUGGACGCGGUGUUCGCGGGCGGACCACCACACUCACCGGCCCACUCGCCCCUGAUGGCGGUUACGACGCACGGUAAGCUUAUCAGCACGAAAGGUGAUGCAAUACCGGAUGAGCUGCAGAGCGUGAGUGAAUCGGCACUGCUUUCGAUUCAGCUGAGCGGGAACUCUUUGCGACAUCUGCACGCCCAAGCGUUCCGUGGACAGACGAGCGUACAGAUGGUGUGGCUAGAGCACAAUCAGCUCCGUGCGCUCGAUAGGCUUCUGUUCGCCGAGACGGUUCAUCUGGAGAAGCUGUAUCUGCGAAAUAACUCACUGCUCGCCCUGGAGCCGGGUACGUUCGAUGCGCUCACGCGUCUGAAGCUGCUCGAUCUAUCGUGGAACCGGUUGAGUGAUCUGCAGCCAGAGCUGUUCCGUGGUUUGGGCGAGCUGGAAGAGCUGCACCUGUCGCACAAUCUGCUCGGUGCGUUGCGUGCCAACGUGUUCGGUACGUUGCGUGGUCUACGCACCCUGGAUCUUAGCUACAACAACCUGCAAACGCUCGGUGCCGACUCACUGCAACCCGGACUGCCGGUUACCAAUGUGAAUCUUCGAGGUUGCAACCUUACCCGGCUGGAGCCGGGCGCGUUCCGUGGUCUUUCGAAUUUAGCGGAGCUAACACUGGAAGAGAACUACCUUCCGGCGAGCGAGCUGCGACAUCUGGACGCCAGUCCGGUACGUACGUUGCGGCUUUCGGCCAACAAUUACUCGCUCGUACGGGAAGGUUUGCUGGAGCGUUUAGCCUCGCUGCAGGUGUUGGAGUUGGCGCGUUGCUCGAUCGGCGAUCUGCCCACGGCUCUGCUCCAGCGCAACGUUAACCUCGUCCGGCUGGAUCUUAGCGAGAAUGAACUGCGCGUCCUUCGCCGAGGAUCGUUUGCUGGGUUGCAUGUGUUCAAGGAGCUACGCUUGCACGGCAACCGUCUGGUGGACUUUCCCCAUCUGGCGCUGCUGAAUGUUUCGACGCUGGAGGUGUUAACCCUGUCACGGAACCAGCUAACUGCGAUUGAUUUCUACAAGCUCAGUGGUUUGCCAAACCUAAGAACGCUUGAUCUGCACGCAAACAGCAUCACCACCCUGGGCGGCUUCACGGUCGAUACGCUGCCCCAUCUGGACACGCUAGAUUUGAGCGGCAAUCUGCUGCUAGCCCUGCCGGAGAACUUCUUCAAACACUCCGUCAGCUUGCAGCGGGUCGAUUUGUCACUCAAUCGGUUUGGGCGUAUCCCUAACCUCGCCUUGUCGGAGGCAUCGCUCGCCCGACUUGCCUGGCUCAAUCUAACCGGCAAUCCGCUGCAGCGCAUCUCGGCUGACGCUGAUCAACAGCGCUUUCCCCAUCUACGUGAGCUCGUGAUUAGCCGCACCAACCUGUCGAUCGUGACGAGUAAAGACUUCGAGCUGUAUCCAGCAGUCCAAAGGCUACAUCUAUCCCACAAUCGCAUUAACCGUAUCUCACCAGGUGCGUUUGUUGCACUCGCCAGCCUACAGCUGCUAGAUCUUAGCGCGAACGAGCUAGAGCUGCUGCCGAAAGAACGGCUGCAGGGGUUGCGCUUGCUCGAGACGCUAAACCUCUCCACCAACAGCAUCCGUGAGCUGGACGAGUUUGCCCAGGACCUGCAGAAGUUGCGUGUGCUCGAUGCCUCGGGCAAUCAGCUCGAACGUAUCAGCAAGAACGCGCUCAGACAUUUGGGUGCGCUACAGGAGCUGUAUCUGAACGGCAACCGAUUGGUGACGGUUGCGUCCGAUGCGUUCCGGACGCUGCGAGCCCUGACGACGUUGGAUCUGCGCAAGAACUACUUUGAGUACGCACCGCUCCGUGCGCUGAAGCCACUCGAAACACAUCUGCAGCAGUUGCGACUAGAAGAUAAUCCGCUCGUCUGCUCGUGCGAUACCCAGGAGCUGUGGGAGUGGCUGAGCGACCACCGGAAGUGGGCCCGCGGUUACGACAACGUGCGGUGCGAGCAGCCGGCCGAGGUGCAGGGCAAGCUGCUGUUGACGAUGGAACCGCAAGAGUUUUGCGACGUGCCGCUCAUCCUGAAGAUUGCCAUCCAGGACAUACAGCCGUACUCGGUGCUGGUGUCGUGGCAGAGCCGGGAACACUCCGGUUUGCACGGGUACCACAUCAUCUACCAUUCGCUGGACACGGUCGAGGAUAUUCGCGGCAAAACGAUGAACCGGUCCUCGAACUCGGCCAAACUGAACCGACUGUCCUCGAACACACGGUACUUGAUCUGUGUGCUCGGUCUCGGCAGCUGGCUAACGUACCACAGCGAUAUCAACAGUUUGCUGAACCAAUCGAACCAGCUGCAGAACCAGAUCCUGAACAGUGGGUCCGCCCUGCACAGUGGCUACGCAGCGGGCGAGCUGGACGCAUCCCUCUCGAACACGCUGCUCUCGCUGAUGAUGGACACACCGACGUCCCGGUGCACGGAAGUGCGCACGCUGGACGCGAUCGGGCCGAACCCGCUGGCCGAAGCGGACGGCAUGUCCGGCCGGAGCAUCAUCCACUCGAUCCUGACGCGGCGCCUCGGGCUCAUCGUUGGCUGCUGUCUCGGCAUCGUCGUCUUUAUCGUGCUCAUCUCCGUGCUCGGUUGGCUGAAGAUUAAGAAGCAGCGGCUGGAGGCGGCCAAACGCCAGCAGCAACCGCACCAGCCCGAGUUCAUUUCCUACCGACACUUUUCCAUCCCGAACGACGAGCACGGCCGGGACGGGGUGGCCGGUGCGAUAGGUGCGGGGGGUGGCGGUGGUGGUGCUGGUGGCGGUGGUGUUGCCCUACUCGAUGGGCAUCCGUCGUUCAUUUCCGGUGCGGUGCUGGGCACAACCACCACCAUGAACGGUGGUGGACCGGACGAGCACAAGAAGCUUUUCCUUACCGACAGUUGAAACGGGCGCCGGACGGAUGGGGUCAAUGCUUCCCUUUCCACGCUUGCUCUGGUCAAUUACAGCUAAGCGCGGUGAGCGGAAAACGAGGGGCAGGGGGAUGGGGUGAUGGGUGCCGGUAUGAUUUUCUAAUACAAACAAAUCAAAACAGCAAACAAUGCGAAUGUGAACGAAAAUAGUACUAAUCAAACCCAUAGCUAAUCGUGACUCCCUGGUGAAGAACAUGGGUGGCCAGCAAAUUGGUGUGUGUGACUGUGUAUGUGUGUGCGUGUGCUGGGGGAGGGUGCUGAAGAAUAGUGUAUAAUCAGAGGGAAAGCAGGUGGCGGAAGUGAUUGCCUGAUUGGGAACACUUCUUUUAGUCGGUUGUUACAUUAUUACAUUAUGUAUGAUGGGUUGCCUACAUUAAAGGCUCGGCGGGAUGUAUUGCUUUUUAUCAAACUAAUACUCUGUUACGUGGAAAAGCAGUAAGAAAUAGAGUGUUUUUAUUUAUCUACUUGAAAUAGUUUAAGUCGCAACUGUAAUGAAAGUUGUCUAAAGGAAGUGACAAUUGUAAGUUAUGAGUAUUGCAUACUGACAGGCGCUCUGGUUUGGCAUGCAAUGGUCGUUCACGUUUGGCUCCGUGCUGUUUAUUUUUAAAAUUUAAUUUAACCCUUCAAAUAUAAUUUAAGGUGUUUCUACUAUAUUUUUAAUUAAUUCCUAAAGUGUUAUUCAACAACAAAAAAAUCCAAACGAAGCUUUCGGCAAAAAAAACGAGACAGAAAGGAAGGGAGAAGAAGAAAAAAUGCAAAGGGGGAAAAAGAGGAAAUAAUGACCAAAUUUUCAUGAACAAAACAAGAACAAAAUUACUCAUUGCCCACUGUUCGAAACGAUGGCCCGCAGCAGCCAUUUUGAUCGUUAUCCAGCAAACUACUAGUUUUGUAAAUAAUUUGUAGAAACAAAAAUAAUUGAGCUUGAUCACGGCAAUGUGGCCCUGGUGCAUGUCCGGUGGUGUGAGGUGUGUUCGAGCAGUUGUACCACAGCUUAAAACAGUUGAAUGGAAGAGAAUGAGUCGUCUUUUUGAUACCGAGCUAGAGACAACAUGCAGGAAGUUAUCGCGAGUCUCGCAACAGGGGCAAAACAGAACUAAAGCAAGCGCUUCGGGAGGGGUUUCUUUCUGGAUAAAGAAUUUUUUUUAAGUUUUCAGGCUUUUCUUUAUCGAUUUAUUGCAUUAUUCCCUUCACCAAAUCUGUUCUUCAAAGAUAAAAUGGGAUCGUUCGAGUGAUGUCUGGGUGUGUGUCUCGCAUUGGAUUGACAAAAAAACGGAUUAACCGGAAAAGGAAGAUUAAACAAAUACGAGUCGCGAGUAUCGGGCUCUGACCAGUGUUAUUUCAUCUUGUUCUAAGCUCUUUGGUUGUAUCCUUUCUGGGCCAGGGUUUUGGUGCGGUACUUCACAGCGUAAGAAAGAGUAAGAUGUCUAUGUUGAAAGCGAUCCAUAUUCAAUGCAUACGAAUUCUUUGUAUCGAAUUUAAAUCCUGUUUGCUUUUCUUGUAGUGUUUAAACGUCCAACGUGAGAGAGAAACCAUCUUAAAGGGCGCGGUUUACCAUGGUUACUGCUAUAAGCUCGAAGGUCCUGUACUAACCAAGAGUGCAGCCAGUCACAGACCACAUUAAUAACCAUUCGAUCAGCCCACCAGCUGACUGAAAAACGAAUGGUGGUCUGUUGUUUAUCCUUCUGUUUUGGGAAAAUGUCUGUCCAGAUAUGUUGUCGUUUCUUCAAAUAUCACUCGUCUUGAUCCACUGAACAGUCUGCAGCGCUUUUAUUUACUUUAGUUUACCAUUGUGAACGAUCUGGAUAGAGCACGACGAGGACGUAAUUCGCACGGUGGAAAGCGGUUUUUCUCAUCAUUAUCCAUCGAAUGAUUGUUUUCACUUUGUCGGAGUAUGUUUCGCCGAAUGUGUUAUCGAACCGUGGGGCUUGGUCGACGAGGGCGUUUUACCCAGUGGGCGUUGUACUAAUACCGAAUCGAACGCUAUUAGUGCUAGCGCAUGGGACUUCAAGGAAUGUUUUUUUGUUUUUGUCGAGCGAAAAACAUCCUACAGCAUAUCGUGAGCUGUUUAUUUUUGUUUAUCGAUGCUUCAGAAAGAUGGUUUGAGCUCUUUGAAGUGAUUUUUUCCUUUGAAAAAAAAAAUCUUGCUGGCUACAGUUCGUGCACAAACUCUUACCGAAAACCGAUUUUUAAGUUAUCCGUUAUCGAUUUGAACCUCGAACACGAACUACGAACGAUCUCAUCUAUGACGAUUCUAAGGAGACUUAUUUGAAUUUUUGGAUUACAAGAACAAAAGAUUUUCGUUUCAAUACAUUCAACUACUGCCGAAAAUUUAAUUGGAUCAUAGAAAUCACGAUUAUGAACGGGUUUUGCUUUACAUCAUCAGUUUUCUGUUCACUUUUGUUUUUUCAAUUCGUUUCAAUGUGCAACUUGCUUGCAGAAAAGUUAAACCGCUUGAAGUUGGCGUUUGGAUUUGGAAUGUAUUGUGCGCCUAAUGGUAUGCAAUUUAUCGAACAACAUAAAGGCAUAUAGUGUGAAACCCUACUCCGAACCAAUGAGAUCCCCCCCCCUCCCCCCCCCAAAUAAUCUUCUAAAGUUCCGUAAGAAUUUGCAAACUGAACUUAAACAGUAACAGAUUGCAUACCUUCAGGCGAUCACAUAUAAACAGUUUGUUUUAUUUAAUUUCUUAAUGCAAAUCAAAAGUUAAAUAUUUGUUUAAGAACUUUAUUUUUAGAAUUGAAUAUUAAUAAUCUUUUUUUUCUAUUAACCGCCUCCCCUCCCCCUAAACGAGUCGAUUUGUUUCAUAGUGUUUGUGCUUUGAGCAUGCAAGCGACAGAAGAAGCAAACAAUUGUUUGCUACCUUUUGCUAGGGGAAGGAAGAUCUAAAAUCUAAAAGAAAAACCAUUAGAAAAUAAGUGAAAUAAAUUUUGGUGCUAGCUAGUUAAAGAUUCGGAUCGAUUGCCGGGGCUUUUAUUUUCUGUUUCCGGGAACAUGUUGAUUAGGAAGCGAACCAUUGCUAUGAUUUUUCCUGUGCCGCUUGCUAGGAGCGUGAAAGUAGUUUGACACUGUGAAUGAGGGAAAAGAGUCGCUAAACUGUUUAGUUUUUGUUUACUCGUAAAACAUGGCCUGGGAAAAAUGGGCAAAAAGAUAUCGUUUGUUUGUAAUGAGCAGUUAAUGAUGUGGUUAAGGUCAAACCUAAAUUUAGAAUUUUAUAAAGCAGAAAAAUAAGCUUUAUUAAACAAAAACAAACGAAAAGAACUAAAUCGUAAUCGUAAAAAGGGACAUGUAAAAAAAAAACAACCAAGAAAUCAACAACGAUCCAUUGUUUGGGAAGAUAUACUCAAGACAACCCAGUUGAUGUAAGUGAAGGCGGGAGUGUCUUUUAGCAAUUCAUAAUUGUUUAACUGCAAACUUUUAAUUUUGAAGAAUUUUAUUUUUGCAAAACAAGUUACUACGAUACUAAAACGGAAAUCAAAAUUCAAAACAAUUCAAUGAAAACAGAUUGCGAAUGUAUCACUAAUGUAUAGUAAACCCGCAAACAAGUGAUAAUCGAACGUACUAGGCGAGACGAGGUCGAGUAGAUAAAGGGCGGCAGAGUUGUGCAGCGUAAGAAAAAGCUUAAGUAAAAUGAAAUAACAAAAUAUUGUUUUUCGUACAGAUAGAAAACGAGCGGAACAGUUAAGCUAACGUAUGCGCAGUGUGGAUGGUGAAGAAGCAAAAUCAAAACGAAUUAAAAGAAAAUCAAACCCGACAUGCUGAACACAAAUACUUCUUCCAAAAAUUGUACAUAAAACAGAAAUGGAUAGUUGGGCAAGGGAAACAUAAAGGAAGGCUAGUUCCACCUUGCACCAAUAUCGUCCGUAUGCUAUGUAAUUCAACAAAGCAAACGAUGUUUUAUUUAUGUUGAAAACAGGGCCUCCUUAAGCGUACAGCAGCUCGGCAAAGUGGGCCGAAUGGUCGAAAUGUUUGCUAGUUUAGAGUGAAUUUCGGUUUGGGUAAAAUAAUCAAAUCGACAGAACAAACCCCCGAAACUCAAACUCAAGCAAGCCUAGCAGCAACAGUUUAUCAUGGACAUGUAAGGUGUAAACGAUCGCAAGGAACUCACCCUGAAAAACCCUGAAAUGAAAAUCAAAAUACAAAAUUGAUGUCUGUAUGCCGUUCGAGCGGCACAACCGUUGCUAGGUGCUAGGGCAUUGUGUUUUUUUUUAUUAUUAUAUAAAGUUGGCUUCCAAGUGCAGAUAAUAGCGCCAGCAAAAACAAAAAUGAAAGGCCAAAAAAACCACUGACAAAAUUAAUUUAAAGUUUAGGUAAAUCCAUUCCAUCCCAACAUGCCCGACAGCGAACGAGCGAGCGUUUAAGGGGGUAACGAAUGAUGACGAAUGGCGGACAUUAGGCGUUAGAAGAGAGGUAGGGAGGAGUGAGCAAGUAAAACUCCUUUAAAGAAUCGAAAGUGGAGCGUGAUUAGGACAAACGAAAAACCCAGUUUAGCAAAUAAAAAUGUAUUUAUUCUGAAUUUGUGUUUUAACUGAGGUAAACUUCAAAGCCAAGGUUGGGCAUAGAAAGGUUUGGCCGGUUGAGAAGAGUGUGAAAGAGCGAAAAAAAAUAAUAAAAAUACAAAACAAAGGAAAGAAAACUGAAACUCGUCGGAGUUUCCCCCCACUAAAUCCAGUCGGACGUACUGAGAAAGCAAAGGAAAACAACGACAAACCCCCGUUGAAAAAUGCCUGUAUGACAGUGUAUGAGUGUAUGUAUGUAUGUACGUAUGGGUGUAUGAUUGUCUGAAUAUUUGUGUACUGUGCGAGCGUCUGAGAAUAAUGAUUACAGGAAGUGCUGUGGUGGUGGGUAUGAAGUAAAGGGGGGACAGCAAGGUCAGCAAUUACGAAAUAGUAAGAAUUUAAAUUCGACUGUAAGUAGCCAGCAAGCGGAAUGGAAAACUAACUCGGAAGGAGUGAUGAAGAGAGAGAGAGAGAGAGAGAGAGAGAGAGAGGUGUGACGCAUGUAGCAUGGUGGUUGAUGAGAGCUGGUGCAAUGAUGUGUACGAUGAUCCUAAAAACACAAUAAAAAUUCAUAAACGGACUAA